CGUGAUAAUAUUCCUAACACUGACGUGUCUAUUCCAAUAACAAUUUACGUGCGUGUCUUUUCCCAAAGUAUUAUUAAAAUGGACACGUCAGUGGGAUAACAUCCCCAGCUGAGACCGAUUUCUGAAAUUUUCAAAUACGAUUGCACAGUUAAGUGCUGUUCGGGCUUCCUUGAAUUAGUUUGUUUUUUAUAUUUAUACAGACAACAUGACCGCAGAAGGGAUAGAAUUACAUGAAAAUAAAAUUUUUUCAAAAAGUGAUGAGGAAAAACAGGUGGAAAUUUCAAAAGAUGUUGAUGUUGGUUGGAAUUUAUGGAAAAAACGUCGUAAUGUAGUUGGUAUCUUUAUAUUUUUUGGAUUCUUCAUUGCUUAUACUCUCAGAGCAUGCCUCAAUAUUAUGAUCGUUGUGAUGACCACUGAUACGAAUGAGACAAAAGCAGAAUUUGGUUGGGACUCAACACUUCAAGGUUUUAUUUUGAGUUCAUUUUAUUAUGGUUAUACUCCCACUCAAUGUUUGGGUGGUUUAUUGAGUGCAAGAAUUGGAGGAAAAAAAGUCAUUGGUGUUGGAAUUGGAGUAUCAGCAUUGUUGACAUUAGCUAUUCCUACAUCUGCACGUAUUAGUGUUUUUCUUUUGAUUUUUUUACGAAUUGUUAUAGGAUUAUUUGAGGGUGUUACAUAUCCUUCAGUAAACUCUAUAUGGGCAAAUUGGGCACCACCACUUGAACGAUCAAAACUUGGAACUCUAUCUUUUUCUGGUGCUUCAUCUGGAACUGUUGUUGCACUGCCAUUAUCUAGUCUUAUUGCUGAAAGUCUUGGUUGGCCAGCUGUUUUUUAUAUAUACGGGUUUUUCGGAUUAAUAUGGUAUGCCAUGUGGCUGUACUUUAUAUCAGAUAAACCUGAUGAUGAUCCUUGGAUUUCACCUCUUGAGCUUAAUUUUAUUAAACAAUCGCUGAAUACUGAUACCCGAAAAACUGAGGGACCCAUAUCACAUCCUUGGAAAAAAAUAUUGAAAUCAGUACCAUUUUGGGCAAUCGUUGCUGCUCACUUCAGUGAAAACUGGGGACAUCAAACGAUGAUGACGCAAUUACCAACGUUUAUGCAGCAGGUAUUGCAUUUUGGAAUUGUUGAAACUGGUUUUCUAUCGGCACUUCCUUAUCUUGGAAUGACAAUUAUUAUUAUAUUCUCAGGUCAUCUUGCUGAUAUUUUACGAUCAAAAAAUUAUCUCACAACAACUCAGGUACGAAAGAUAUUUACAUGUGGAGCAUUUAUAGGCCAAUCAAUCUUCAUUAUUUCAUCUGGGUUUUUAAAUUCAAGCUUUCAAGUUAUUUUUUGCAUUACAAGUGCAAUAAGCAUUAGUGGUUUUGCAUGGUCAGGUUUUAGUAUUAAUUUUCUCGACAUUGCACCAAGACAUGCCAGUGUUUUGUUCGGUAUUAGUACAACAAUAUCCAUGUUUACGGGAAUCAUCAGUCCAUGUAUCACCGGUUUCAUUGUCAAAGAUAAGUCUCCUGCCAGUUGGAGAAUAGUUUUUAUAAUUGCCGGCAUAAUUUAUCUUGUUGGUGCUGUGAUUUACAGUUUAUUUGCUUCGGGAGAAAAACAAAAAUGGGCAGAUGAUAAAAAUAUAGCAGAUAAUAAAGAAGUUGCCUUGAAUUAAAGCAAAAAAAAAAAAUGUACACUAGUUGGCAUAGUAAUUAAUAACGAAUAUAUGAUUUGAUAACAUACCAGAAAAGUGUCCAG